GCUGCCGCUCGUUCUCACAGUAACAGAUGGCGUCGCUGCGCGGUUUUGGCGCCUUUCUUUGCGUCGUGUUUACUUUCGAAAGUUUGGCGGUGUCGCAUGUCAGCACGGCUGAAGGUCCUUAUUUCGUAAAAUCAAUCACCAAUGUCACCGUAUCGCUAGGCAGAGACGCCACCCUCGAAUGCGUGGUGGAAAAUUUAAAUAACUACAAGGUGGCAUGGCUUCGAGUAGACACUCAAACCAUUCUUACGAUACAUAAUCACGUUAUCACAAAGAAUCAUCGUAUAGGAGUGACUCACAUAGAGUUAAAAACGUGGUACUUGCACAUCAGGGAAGUUCAGGAAUCAGAUAAAGGGUGGUACAUGUGUCAGAUCAACACAGAUCCUAUGAAGAGUCAAGUGGGAUACUUAAAUGUAGUGGUGCCGCCGGACAUCUUGGACUACCCCACCAGCGCGGACAUGGUGAUCGACGAGAAUUCUGACGUCAGUCUGAGAUGCGCCGCCACUGGGUCGCCAGAACCCACCAUCACGUGGAAGAGAGAAGAUGGUGAACUGAUAAAGUUACCCAACGACACAGAAGUGUCCAAUAUAACCGGAGAAACUCUCAAUUUGACCAAAGUGAAACGGGAACAUAUGGGGACGUAUCUCUGCAUUGCGUCGAACGGCAUCCCCCCAUCAGUCAGCAAAAGGAUAUCUUUACUUAUUCAAUUUCCGCCAUCGGUCUGGAUCCAGUAUCAAUUAAUUGGCGCCUACGACGGUCAGAAAAUCACCUUGGAAUGUCACUCGCAAGCCUUUCCCAAGUCCAUUAACUACUGGAGCAGAGAUAAUGGAGAUAUUAUACCUCACAGUUCAAAAUAUGUUCCUGAAAUUAUAGGUGAUAAUUACAAAGUCCACAUGAAACUGACCAUCAACUAUUUAGCCCCUGAAGAUUAUGGCAUUUACAAAUGUAUAUCAAAAAACUCUUUGGGGGACAUGGAAGGUUCUGUCAACGUGUACAAAAUACCCCAUCCUAACGUGGCAGUAUCAACCAAAAUGAAAAGUGCGGCUCACGAUAAAACCGUGGACCUGACUUACGACGCAGAGAUGGGCAGCACUAACGGAGCAGGUCAGAAAGGAAAGUUUCGCUUAAGGCAGUCGCACACUCUCUAA